GCGGGGCCGCAUUCAGGAUCCGUGAGGAGAACGCCAGCGCUGUGGCAGAGGGUGAAAAGGAGAGGAGGUAGGGAUGAUUGUGUGUGUGUUUAUCGGUCCUGCGGGUACGGUCAGAGCCGGAGUCUGCGUUUAGCGCCGCGGCAAGACCCCCUCGGAGUCUCUCUUUCCUCCUCAUUCCGUUUCAUCAACCCAGCGCAAUGUCCGGCGGGGGAGAUGUUCGCGUCCUCCGGCAGGAGGCCGGGCAAGAGAGCCCGAGGAUGCCGGCCUGGAAGCGUGAAAUCUUGGAGAGGAGAAAGGCGAAGGGCGGCGGUUCUGUGGGGAGCACCGUCACCCCAGAGCCCACUAGCCCCGGCGGCGGCGGCGGGGCUUCGCAGCGACUCAACGGUGAGCCGACGGAGCGCGGCAGCGGCGGAGCCAGCGCCGGGUCCGGGCGGAACUACACCAUCUCCACGGCCAUCCAGCACUUCUCCAACAACAAAGAGUCGCGGCCGCCGGCAGCCGAUCGGACGGCAUCGAAGGAGGAUGACGGACGGGAGAGCCUGGUGCUCCAAGAGAGCCUGGGGCCGCUGGAGGAGAACCCGUUCAUUAAGCUGGAGAAGGAGCGGAGGAGGCGGCAGGACCGAGGAGGUGACGCCGCUCGUCCCGUUCAGCACAUCCUGGAGCUGUACGGCAGCGUGCCCGGCAUACGGACUAUCCGCGCUGAGAACAUCAUCAUCAUCGAGUCGGAUCCGGAUUACUUCCCGGAGGCUGGAGGGGUUAAAGCCGGGGCCAGCUGGCAGCAGAACGGCGUGGAUAGCUACAGUUCUCUGAACGACCUUCUCGACCGGAGAGGCAGUUCCGUGACUGAGAUCAGAGCCAAGGAAGUGGUCAUUUACGACACCACGUUAAGCAAGAGCGAGGAGAACCUGAGCACCCUGGGCCGCCCGGACCCUGAUGCCCCUGGUGAUGAUGGUGAGGGUCACGGGAGGGUCAGUAGAAUCCUGCAGAAGUUUGACAGCAACUAUGGGAAGCUGCAGAAGAAGUCCCACAGCACAGAAAACCUGCUGGACCUGGACUGUAGUGCCAGUAGCAGGCCAAGACACUGGUCCAAGCCACAGCCAGAUCUGGUGCCAAAGCCCAGACCAGGUCUGUCUGUCAGCAGCCAACCAGCAUCACCUGUCUUCCAGAGUUCCUGGUCUUCCAAACCAAAGCCACAACCUGCUGUAUCGGAGCUGGGCAGCCCUCCGAGCCAUCCCGGGCCCCAGCAGUCUGUGUCCUCUUUUCGUCAGAGGUUUGAGGAACGUGGGGUAAACGGGGCAGCGGUCGCCCCCAGAGACGAGUCCGACAGAGGACAGAACAAGCUAACCAGGGAGAGGGACUGGGAGGGUGCAGACACGCCCCCCAGACCCAAGGUGCCAUGCUCUCCGGAGACCCGCAGUGCCCGUGCCGAGUCUUCUUUACUUCCCGUCUCAUCCAAAGUGUUGCAUUCCUCUCCCGAGUUUGAGAUCCGUCCCUGUGAGAAGCCUGACCUCAACCAAAUUCCCGAUGGAGACACCCAAGCUCGAGCCCUUGCGAACUUACGGCUGCAGUCUCGAAACUCCUUCACAGUGGUCCCCAAGCGUCGCCCCCAGUCCCCAUCAUCAUCCAGCAACCCAGCACCACCGGACCGUGUCAAGUCUUCGCUCUCGCACAGAGCAGCAGGCGUUCCUUCAACAGGGUCGCCAACAUCCCGCUUCCCAAAAACCACAAAGAGGAAGGACGAGAAACCGGUGGAGCAGAAGGAACCUGAACCACCUUCUGCUGUUGCCACAAGUCCUGCUCCUCUUCCAUCCUCUGAACCCUCGUCUCCAACUCCUGCUUCAGCCCCAACUCCUCCCUCUACACCUGUCCUGGCUUCACCCCCACCUUCACCACUCUCCUCCUCCAUCCCACAAGCCUCUUUUGCUCCAUCUCCUUCCCCUGCUGCUCCAGAUGGACCCACCGUGGAUCAGCUGCCAAUAACCAACAUAGAUGACAUCGAGGUGGAACCCUCUGAACGCGUUCCAGUUUCCAGCCCCGUGGCUCAGAGGAGAAAGGGCAACACCUUCACCGUGGUGCCCAAACGUUCGACAGAACCCCAGAAAAGCUCACCUGAGCCGGAAGCUUCCAGCGAGACCCCGCCUGGUUCUGCGUCGCCACAGCCGGCUCCCUUCGCUCGGCUGGGCACCCAGCUGAAGAAGCGCUACCCCGCCGUGGAAGAGAUCGAAGUCAUCGGUGGCUACCUGUCCUUAGCAAAGUCCUGCCUCUCCAAAACCAGCUCAGAUGGCAAAAAGCUGAAAAUCUCAUUCAACGAGUCGAGCCUGCACAGCACCUACGAGUAUCCGUCAGAGAGCACCGUGUGGGACAGCGAGGACGAGGACGACGCACGGGACGGGAAGCUGAUGGACGACCAGCCGAGCAUGGUGGGGCGGAUCCACAUCCCUCGCCCCAGUCUGACCCACACGGACCACGGCAACGACCUUUCCAGCUACGUUCCCAAACACUCGGUCGACUUCAGCGCCUGGCGGGAAAACAAACACGACAGCGGCGUUCGGCAGGAAGACGUCGGCUCGCCUCAGAUCACAGAGGAGGUCAUGCUGACUCCGGUGGACAGCUCGUCUCUGUCAGACUACAGUAGCGAACCAGCUCUCUACUUCUGACCUCUCCGACCAAUCGUCUGCACCGUAGCAUCUCCAGAACCCAGAGGGAGUCCGCCUCACCUCCACACUCCAGACAACAAGCACAACCAUCCAGUCCCACGUGGUACUUCGGACCAAUUUCCUGCCACAAGCUCACAUCAGAGCACCUCCUCCUCCUCCUCCUCCUCGAUGAAGCAACAAAUCCCAGAAAGCAGCUGGGCUGCCCCCCCCCCCCCCCCCCUUCCUCCUCUUCUUCACAGGGAUCUUCUCUUUCAGUCUCUCUCUAGAGGAAGAUCUCCAGAUCUGCUUCUUUUCCAGUACUUUGAGGAUUUAAGGAAAGAAAGUGUCCAUGGGUUUGUGUCGCCAUGGUAACGGAGCUCAGUGUUGGCAUGGCAACGUGUCAUCAGGACUCAUCACUUCUACAGUAUGAAAACGGCGGAUUUAAAUCCGCAACAGUAAAAAAAGGUGAAAGGGUGCCACAUCGUCUGUUUUUGUACGUGCACGUUUGAAGCUUCUCUGUAGCUCGGUGUUUUCUGCUGGGGGGGAUCCCCAAUCCUCUACUGAGGAGCACGUUUAUGCACCCCGGGGGGGGGGGGGGGGGUCCGUAGCAGCUUUUCUUAUGAAACGACCAGAAAAGUGACCUUGGCCAAUAAUAAUGUCUGUGAGUUUUUUAGUGACUGUAAAUCCGUUCAGGCCUGGCGGCUCUUCGGGCUUCUUCUGUAUUUAUUCUGCAUGUCUGAAGAAUUAUUGUUGUUGUUUUUGUUUAUGAACACUCGCUGGCGUUGGAGGAGUGACAUCCCGCCGGAUGUUUGGGACCUCGCGUACUUUUGGCAUUCCGCAGAGCGCGCCGUUCGGAGCAUCGUCUCUAAAAGCAAACGCACCGUCGGGGUUUCAGAGACUUCUUUCUUUUUUAUCAAGAUGAUUCAUUUUUUAUACACAUAUGCAAAAAGAUGUUUGUUUUUGUUUGGUCUCUAAAUGCCAACAGAUGAAAGUGUUGCUGCGGCGGCCCCCGCGCUCUCUGCCCCCCCCACCCCCCGACAGCCAGUAUUUCUGUACAGUUUCCAACUCGUGUUAAUAAAUAGAGAUCUAUCAAAAAGAAAUAGAUUUUCUUGGAUCAGAUGAAGUUCGUGGAGUCCUUUAAGCUGGAUUUAGCUGUUGUCUGGAUUAUUUGUCUUGGGUGUUUAAUGUUUUUUGCACUGUCAUGCUUUUAGCUGCGUUUUGCACCUCAUGAGUCAUGAAAUAAGGCGACAGAGGAAAUGUGCACUUAAAGAACAAGAAGCCUCCUGGAAGAGUUUGUUUCUGUCGAUGUAAAAACCACUAAAACGGCUCCUUUCGACAUUUAAUUAGUUUGUUUGAUGUUCACUAAAGAGCAUUUUGAAAUAAAACUUCAGCUGUACCAGAUGAAUGCACUGCCGAUGGUUGCCAUGUCUGUUUUAUUUUGAAACUUUUGCCACAGCCUUGUAACAAACGUCUGAUUGUUGGCCUUGUCACUGUGACUACAAACAGCAGCAGCGUGCCGGUUCCCCUCACACCCACGGCUUCACCUCUGUCCCAAACCAUCCCCAAAAUCCUUCUAGCUUUUAUUUUGAAGGAUCCGUUAUAAGUUCCUGCUGAAACGUCACCGCUGCUUUUUAAAUUGGUGUUCCUGUUUUGUUUUUUUUCAUGAAUGUAUUUUUAAAUAGCUGAUUGGCUGAUGGCUGCGCAGUGGUGCAGUGGUUAGAGCUGUUGCCAUGCAGCAAGAAGGUCCUGGGUUCGAUUCCCAGCCUGGGAUCUUCCUGCAUGGAGUUAGCAUGUUCUCCCUGUGCAUGCGUGGGUUCUCUUCGGGUUCUCCGGCUUCCUCCCACAGUCCAAAAACAUGACUGUUAGGUUGAUUGGUGUGUGUGUGUGUGUGUGGUGUGCUGGAGAUGGGCACCAGCCCCCCCACGACCCUUCGUGGACAAAGCGGGUUCAGACGAUGGAUGAUUGUCUGAUUGAAAAUUUUAAAGAUGUAAUAAAAUUCCUUAAAGGGAUAGAACAGAAAAUGUGUUAAAGAGAAAAAUGACAUCGCUGAUGAACAGCCUCAGUUUGGAGAAACAGCUUACAUCUAACUGGACACAUGGUUCAGAUAAAACAAAAUCAUAGCAGUUCCUGCCAACUUUAACUUUUAACACUUUCACCAUCAUAAAUUUCACAUUUCAUCGUCAGUUACGAUGAUUUCUGUUAUUUUGUAGAGAUGCACCGAUUCUGCUGAUACCAAUUUCUGACAGAUUUAGUCUAUUAACAGUUUUUAACAAAUUAUAAAGUUUUACAAUCUUGAAUUUACUGUAAUUUUAUGACUCUUGAAGUAAAAACAUCCAUAUAUGUUAUUGCUGGUUUUUAUUGCUUUUAUUUGCAGGUGAAAUUAGCCCACGAGCUAGCUAGUGCAGCACUUCUGGCGGGAUCAUCCUUAAUCUGGCAGAAUUUCUGUAGCACAACAGCAACUGUCUAAACUGCUGUGAACAUUUUUAGAAUAAACUGUUUUAUUUAAGAGACUUGGCCGUGUCGGUGCUCGUCCAUGCCAUCAGAACUAAUCUGUUUCUCCCAGCUGAGGCCAUUCAGACUGUUAUGUACAGCAGGUGAGACGUUAACCGUUCAGCCCACAUAGCUAUGGGUGUUCUCUGUAAAUCUAGGGGAAAUGUUUGAUCACUUAAUCACUUUUUAAUGUUUCUGUUAAAUUUCAGUAAAAAAAGUUACAAGAAAUUACACAUAAGUCAUUUAUUUAUAUAGAACUUUUCUUUUUGUUUUAGAAGAGAGAAAAACAUUUUUAUUCGACACUUUUCCAGAAAUAGGAAAUCUUUUCUUUUCAUUAGUUUUGCAUCACUUGCUUUUAUUUACGGAUCAAGCAGUUUUUAAUCAUCCCUUGUUUCUUCAUAUUUUCCUUCCAGCAGCCAAACGUAAUGAAUUAAGGUGGUUUUGAUUAAUAAUGCUGAGUCUUUAUCUGCUUUUAUGAUCGUUCUGCCUUUAAAAGUCAAGCAGACACAUUUCUGACAUGAAGAACCAGCAGGAAGUAUCUCUGAGCUCCAGUUCGACUCAAACAUCUGGACUUCAGUGCCUCGGUCAUAAAAAGGCGGAGCGUUUGCUGCCAGCGCGAUGAAACGUUCGGCCUUAUCGAUGAUCAGAAUGAAAAUCAAUCGUUACUUGAAGUGUCUGAUUUAUCAGCAGCGAUGUGAAGGUUUUAGUAGCUGUGGUGUUAUCUGGACCUGCUGUGGUGACUCGCUCGUGGUCAUGUAACCCCCCCCCCCCCCCCCCCC